AUUUUAUCCAUUCCCGCCAUAGGCAGCUGAGACUGUAACGAACACUUUGAGAAAGCAGUUCCAAUUUUCCAAUGGCACUGAGCUUCUUCUCUCCGGCAGUUUCAAUCCAUCGCAUUAUUAGCUGUCAAGCUACGAGCAAUCAGCUGUGCGCAGAAUGUGUCUCUGCCCCAUCAUCAUCAGCUCUCUCUAUAAACCCUAAUAAUCCUAUCCCUCCUCCUCCACCUUCCUUAUCCUGCGCCCUCAAUUGCACUCAUUUCCAGUCGUGUUCUGGUUGCACUCAAGACUUUGAUCUUCACCAUCCAGUAGUAAUUGAUGAAGCUAUAGGUUACUUCAAGAAGCUUGGCGUGAAAGAUUUUUCAUUUGAUAGUUGUAGAUUAUGGGGAUGGAGAUGUCGUGCAAAGCUCGCUGUUCGAGGUUCAUCAAGCAAGCCUCUGAUUGGGCUUUAUGAGGAGGGCACUCAUAACGUAGUUGAUAUCCCUGACUGUAAAGCUCAUCAUCCGAACAUCAAUGCUGCUGUGGAGCUCCUGAAGCGAGGGAUAAUUGAGUUGAAUGUUGAACCAUAUGAUGAAGAUCAAGGCACUGGUGACCUGAGGUAUGUUCAGAUGGCCGUCACUAUGCAUGAUACGUCCCUUCCUAUCCCGGAGAGAUAUAAGAAUGGUAAAGUGCAGGUCUCUUUGGUUUGGAAUUCAAGAAGCGAGAAUUCAGCAAACUCUGGAAAAUUAAAUGCUUUAGCCCAUUUCCUCUGGGCAAAUGGUGGGCCAAAGAGAAAAGUUCAUUUAAUUCAUUCAGUUUGGGCGAACUUCCAGACAUCAUCAAAUAAUAUUAUCUUUGGAAACAGAUGGAGGCAUUUGUCAGGGGAAAGAGAUUUCUGGGAGCACAUUGGAGGGAUUGAUGUCUCUUUAGCUCCAUCAAGCUUUGGGCAAGCAAAUACACGGGCUUUUGACUCUUUGCUGCGGAAGUUACAGAAAUAUGUCCCUCUCGGUGCAUCAGUUGUUGAUCUCUAUGCAGGAGCUGGUGUAAUUGGGUUAUCUUUGGCUUUUUCAAGGAAAUGCCGGUCAGUUAAAUGUGUUGAGGUUAAUAAAGAGUCCAAGCAAUCUUUUGAGAAGACAGUUGAGCGCUUGCCUACCAAUGUCGAAAGCAAUAUCAGCUGGCACCAUGCAGACGCUUCAAUAGUCAGUCUCAACAAGUCAAUUACAUAUAAGUCAUCACAAACAUGCACAACUUUGGUUUUAGUCACAUAAACUUGUCUGCAUUUUUACUUCAAUAUAUGGUUUUCAAAUCUAUUCAUGUGGUCAUACUGACUCUGAGAAACACAUUUUUGUUUUAUCAUGUACACCUACACAUAGAUCUUUUUCUUUUAAGUAUAAUAUAAUUGCUUCAAGAAUAGAUAAAAUGUAGCAUUACAAAGAUACAAGGGGCAUACAGUAGGAGGAACAUGACAAUCUACUCAAAAUAUCCCUAAGCUAAGACUAAGUUCCCAAUGGUAUUUCAAUCAUGGCACAUGCCAUACAGGCAUACACCUAGAAUCCCUAAGCAGAGUAGUGAAUAUUGUCCUAUACAAACACUUCAAAGGGAUUUGCUUAUUUUGAAAGGCUCUGUUUUUAUUUUCUGAACAAAAUGCAGACUAGUAGCUAAUCCCAUUUCACUACACACUUUUGUCAAUUGAACAACUGACUAUCUUGGAUCAGCUAUGGCAACUCAGUAAGCCAUCUGCACCAAUCCACGUUCUCAUCAAGCAGUUUUGGACUGCCCUCUAAACGAGCGGCUGUUCAGUAGUAGUAUCACAGAGUAGGAGAUUUAAUUAAAUGGAGAUUCCUUAUUUCAGAAGUCUUAGUAGCAAUCUGAUCCUACAUAAAUUCAUAGAAUGGAGCUAAUAGUAAGACAUGUUGUUUACACUGACAAAGGUGUUCCAAACAAACCUGGUCACUGUCAUCCUCAAAUCUUCAUUAAGUCUUUGGGUUGAGAAGCUGGAUGUAGUUCAGAAAAUGACCUCUUCGGUCCUGUAUUAUAGGAAGAACUGCCUCAAUGAGUCAUCUAAAUUCAAUUUCUUCCACUUGGCCAAUUCCGCUUCCCACUUUGAUGAGUUUAGUCACAGUGGAGUAACAUGUAAGCCCUAAUUGCCCUAAAAUAUUAACAGAACAAAACAUACUUAUAGAUAUUCCAUCUCAUUUAGAUACUGUGUAAUGAAGUGUGGGCAUUGCAAUAACCCACACCCAAGUAAUAAUUAUGUGACUUUGGCAGUAUAUGUGCAUGUAUGUUUGUUUCUUUGUUCCCUCUGUUUGAAGUUUAAAAAAAGCAGCAAUAUAUGGAGAGGUAUUGAUUUACUCUGUAAAGCUAGGGAAUCGGGAAGGAGGUCCGUUCUUCAUGAAUGUCUGCAAUUAAUUAAACAGUAUAAGGUGAAGAAAGAG